GCCCGACGCAGGGGACGGCGGAGGAGAUGGUGUCCCAUGCGUGGUGCCGGGCGCUAUGCGCCGGCCUCUACCCUGGGGCUCCGCGCCGCCUGCAGGGCUGGGGCAGCGCCGCCUUCUUCUCUGGCUCGCCGUCAUCAAGCACUAAUGAUGGGUUUCUAAAAGAAAAACGUGCUCAAAUCAUGUCUCGAGGACUUCCAAAACAAAAGCCAAUAGAAGGAGUUAAGCAGGUACUGGUUUUUGCUUCUGGGAAAGGGGGAGUUGGAAAGUCAACAACAGCAGUAAACAUAGCCCUUGCAUUAGCAGCACAUGAUUCGACAAAAGCAGUUGGUUUGCUCGAUGCAGAUGUAUAUGGCCCUUCAAUUCCAAAGAUGAUGAAUUUGAAAGGAAAUCCAGAAUUAUCACCAAAAAACUUAAUGAGACCCCUUAAGAACUAUGGCAUUGCAUGUAUGUCAAUGGGUUUCUUGGUAGAAGAGACUGCACCAGUUGUGUGGAGAGGACUCAUGGUAAUGUCAGCUAUAGAGAAAUUGUUGAGGCAGGUAGACUGGGGUCAACUGGACUACUUAGUAAUUGACAUGCCGCCUGGAACAGGAGAUGUACAGUUAUCAAUCUCACAAAAUAUUCCGGUUACAGGGGCAGUGAUUGUUUCCACUCCACAAGACAUUGCUUUACUGGAUGCACGCAAAGGAGCUGAGAUGUUUCGAAAAGUCCAUGUGCCUGUUUUGGGGCUUGUCCAAAAUAUGAGUGUUUUCCAGUGCCCAAAAUGUAAACAUGAGACCCAUAUUUUUGGAGCUGACGGUGUGAGAGAUCUAGCAAAAACCCUUGGACUAGAUGUUUUAGGAGACAUUCCACUGCAUGUUAAUAUAAGAGAGACAUGUGAUGCCGGCCAGCCUAUUGUCAUCUCACAGCCUCAAAGUGACAUGGCCAAAGCCUAUCUAAGGAUAACUACUGAAAUAGUAAAGAGAUUGCCAACUCCUCCAGCAUGACGUGCUCAUCUCGGGUACCUGUGAUCAGAACUUAACAAUAAAGUGACUUGAUGGUGUAAGCAGUGGUGGAACAAGCAGAAAUACAUAAGUCUAUGGAUUAUAUAUUGUAUUUGUAAGAAAAUUGUUUUGAAGUUUAGGAAACAAAGUGUGAAAGUAUUGUUAUUUUUUAUUUGUCAUGACAUCAUUUGGUUACAUUCAAAGGGAUUGAAGGAUUCAGAAGGAAAAUGGGUGGUACCUGACAUUUAUAUAUGGUCGUCCGCUGCUGAUUUUUAAUAUCCUUGAACAACAAGGACAAAGUGCAUCAUUCAGCAAUGGAGUUUCCCUCAGUUUUAACAUGAAGGUUCAGCCUGUGGAAACUCCAGUCCCAGAAUACAAUGUGCCAUCUUCGUCCAAGCAGAAAGACUCAAAAGUGGACCAUGGCAUGUUGAGGAUUAUAGGCACACAACUGUAUAAAAGAUGAGGGCAUCUGCAAUCUCCCCAAUUUAUGUACAUUUUUAUUCAGACCUUGGUGCUCUUGUUAAAUUGCCAACAUGGCCUUAAAUUGGGCAAAGCAUCAAGGACUUAAUUAGUAAACUGAAAACUAUGUAAUUACCAUAUGUUUGUGUACAUUUACACGUAAGAUAGAUAGAUCUGCAUAUUCUGUAAUGAUUUUUCCUAAUGGUUCAAGAACAAAUUUCUUCCCUAUUGGAUUAUAUUGUGUUAUGGGGUAAUUUCCUACUUAUGGGAUAAUGGACUAUAUGACCUGUAGGCAAAUUACUUGCCUGCUUUGUGUUAUGUUGAACCCAGAUAGAAAACUAGAUAACAGCAAGGUCUUCAUUGUAAACCACAUAUCAUAUCUGAGUUCAAUUUGGCAAGGAAAAUAAAUGACAAAAAUAAAUUAAUGUCAUGACUGCAUAUAGGCAUGUGUUCCCAAAUCAAAGUAACAAUGCAGGAUCUGAAUGUAUAAACUAAAGAUGUAACUAAAGAAGCAAACUAAGAUACGAUCUUCAAACUGCAAGACUUCUUUUUGUUUUUUAUUGUCUUGUCCUAUGAUCCUUAUUUUUCUGUUGAUUUUUCUGUCAAUUUCUAUGGACGUAAAAAACAUGAUUGUGUGGCACAGGCUUCCAUUUACAAUUAGAAGUUUGAAUUUAUAUUCAGACUAUUUCACACCAUUCAAAUAUGUAUCCUUAUGGGAGUUUUGCCAUUGACUUCACUAGGGCCAGGAUUUCACCCUUUGUUUAUACCAUUGUUCCUGUCGCUUUUCUCCUCUUGUAAUAAUAUGACAUAAAAUAGAAUUUGGCAUUCUUUGAGCCUGGGAACACUUAAAACACAUGCACUGAAAGUCAAAUUUAAAACUUUGCUUCAAAUUAUUAAUUGAAUCUCAGACUUUAGUGGAGUUUUGUAAAUAUGAAAAAUAAUGUAUUUUAAGAUGACUGAUUUUUUUUAACUUAGCUUUCAUUUAUGUACUUGGAAAAAAGUGCAAAGAAGUAAAAUUGCACUUCAGUUGUUUCAGUAGCCAUGUUAUUUCCAGCUUUUGGAUUGUGCCUUUAUUCAAACAUAAGUAUCCAAUCAUUUGCAAUUU